AUGGAAAGAGGUAAAGCCGGCGAUCAGGAGUUCUACCUGCGAGCUUUUGACGAAGUUGGUAACCUCUUUGCCAGCUCCGCGAAAGUUCGCAUCUCCCUCUCGUACCACCCGCGACCGGGCAGUGCAACCCCCACUGGCGGAAACACCCCCGCUUCUAAGGCACGCGGAACGCCCUCCAGCGCAAAGGGGAACAUUCUCGGCCGCGCGCUUACCGCAGCAUUCUCCCGCAUCUCCGCGGAAAGGGCUGCAGAAAAGGGAGCGGAAAAGGGCGGCGGCGGCGGUGGAAUCUCGGCCUCUCCCGCGGGAACCCCCGUCCGUGCGCAGUCGUUCUCCCGCGUCCACCCGGAGGCUUUCAGCAGCGCCGGCGGAGUGGGAGGUGGAGGGGGAGGGGGAGGGGGAAUGCCCGGGGGAACUCCUACCGGAACGCCCGCGCGCAUCCUCGGGGAAGAAGGGGGGCUUUUAGCAGGGGGGCCGACAGUGCAAGGCAAUCCAGGGGGCCCUCUCACCAGUGCUGGAGCUACUCCGGUGGGUACACCUGGGACUACACCUGGGAUCACACCUGGGAAUACACCUGGCCGGGCGUUGGCGAGCUUACGACUUGCGAAUCUGACGUUCACGCCUGGGAUUCAAACACGCGAGGCCAUGUCGUCGCAUGGCCCUAGUUCGCUGCAGCGGUCGCGGCCCAUGUCGCCACGGUCGCCGGCGUCGCCCAGGUCGCCCAUGUCGGAGGUGCGCGACGGUCUGCGGCACGGGCUGGACCUGGUGCAGGCGCUGCGCGAAGUUACAGAAGGCGGUGCGAAAUUCGCGAACGCGAGUAACAAGAAGCAGAAGUCGAAAUCGGGGCCGUUGAGCGUGAACCAUCCGUAUAUGAUGGAAGCCGUGGAUCUACAGCGCAAGCAUAAAUAUAAAGCGCAAUCCGGCCCGUUAUUCGAUAGCGGAGACGCCUAUGACGCGGAUGGGGGAGGCUCCGGAACCUGCAGCCCGUACAGCCGCCGCCCCGCGUCCUCCUCCCCCCCGAGGCAUGUGCGCAAGAUGAUCCUCCCCCACCGCUCCGCCACUCCGCCCAUGUCCUUCCGCGAGGCCCCGCAGCCCCCCCAUUCCGGGGGGGGAUUCAUCCUCGGUAGAAGCGCUCCGCUAAAUCCAGAAGCCUUAGACCUCUGGGAAGGGGGAGAACCCCCACCAGCGGGAUUUACCUCGAGAUCUGGGCCGUUACGGCUGCAGGGUAAUUACUCGGGAUAUAAACCAACAUCGGGGCCUCUACCCACCACGACGUCUCUCAUGAAGCUCGACUCGUUAGACACUCCGCCGACUCUCCCCCCUCCCCCGUCUCUCCGCGCUAUGAGGCGGGGCGGGGUGGCGGGGAGCGGGCUGUUUUCGCAUUCGAUUGUUAGCGGGAGUGCUUAUAACGGGGCUGCGUUAAGCGGGGGGACGUUUAGCGCGGGAGCUGGGAGCAUGCAGGAGACGAACAGCUCGAGCGGCUGCCACGUGGGAUCCACGGGCGACGACGUGUCAUCUGGUAUGGCAGGCUCGGGGAUGACAGGUUCGGGAAUGACAGGUUCGGGGAGGAUGCUUCGAAGGCAGGGGUCUGGCGGAAGGCAAGGGCCGGGCGUGCAGCUAGGGUUCGGCGGACGAACAGGGGGAGGCGGAGGCAUGGGGGGGUUUACAGGCGAGAGGGUUGGCACGUGGGGGAGUGGAGGAACGGGGGGAAGCGAAGAGACAGGGGGAAGCGGAGGUGCGGCGGCAUCUGGGGGGUUGAUGGCUGGUGAGUUUGGCAGCUUCGGGGGCGGGUGUGGGGCGGGCGGAUUUGGCAGCUUCUCCAGCCUGGCGUCUCACGGGUCUGUGAAGGCCCCGCUACAGUCCCAAGGCAGCUUCAGCACCAUCAAUGGUGCAACUACCUCCUCGGGCCCAAGAGGAAUGCCUAAGAGCCUGCAGCGCGGGGGGAGCGGGGGGAGCGUGCAGGACGAGGGCGGGGGGGAGGCGGAAGGUGAACAAGGGGCCGGAGGGGAGGGAGUGGGAUUGGCAGGAGGAUAUGCGGGAGGGGAAGGAUUCGUGGUGGGAGCGGGCUUAGAGGCGGACAAUGAAGUGGCACUGUUUCUGCCAGAGGGACGAACCUUUGAGGAAAUGCUGAUGGAGGAGAAAGAAACGGGGUUUGAACACGGAACUUCCACCGCCGUCGCCACUUCUGCUACUGGCGAGGAUGAGGGUUUUGAGACGAGCCACAUGCUGAUGGACGCGGCAGGUGCAUUGGAUGCGUUUCCCUUGCCGAUGCCCGAAGGGUUUGACACGAUGGGAUGGGAUGAGAUGGAGGUGUCAGAAAAUGGGGGUGUGGCGGAAGGAAAUGCGGCGUGGGGAAGAGAGUCUGUGCCCGGGGGCGGAGGUGGGGUUGAUAGGAACGGUUGGGCACGCCAGCAACCCGCAGCCAGGCAGCAUGCAUUCCAGCAACAAAUGGCACAGGCACAGCAGCCUUUAUCGGCAGCAGCCCACACGUGCCAACAUGCCGCCUAUACAUGCCCCAGUGACAUUCAGCAAGUGACAGCGGAUGCCGGCCAGCCGCCAGUCAGCCCAGUCAAUCAGCAGACACAGCAGAACUUCCAGCAGCAGCAGCAGCAGCAGCAGCACGGAUUAAGCAUUAUCCCGGGAGUGGUGAAUGUUGACACGGCACAGCCAUUCUCCCCCCCUUCCGACGUCCCUCCCUUCAGCGCGUUCGAUGGUGCUCUCUCCAACCCACCAACGGUGGACAGAGGAGAACCAGCAGCAGCAUUAGCAGGAGGAGUUGCAGCAGUUGCCAGGGGCAGUGUGGGUGGCAGGGGUAUGGGUGGUGGCGUUGGUAGUGGCAUUGGAAGGUCUGGCUUGAGUGGUGGUAUUGUGGACGGAUGUGGGGGUAACGCUGGUGGUGUCAGUAGUCUGAAGCAGCAGCAUCAGCAGCAGCAGCAGCAGCAGCAGCAGCAGCAGCAGCAGCAGCAGCAACAGCAGCAACCAUACCUGCAGCAGCACCAUCAACAGCAGCAGUUGGGUCAGCAGGGUGAGCAGGAGGGGCAUGUGAUGGGCAUGUGGAAGGUUUAUGACAACCAGCUUCUGUCUGGUCACCAGCUUCUUUCAAACAACCAAACCCUACCUGGAAGAAUUCACGCGCCUCCCUCGCUGUCGUCUCCUGGGUUCGGCACGGCAGCAGGGCCAGCAGGGGCAGUAGCAGCAGCUGGGAGUCCCUUGCAUCGAUCGAGGGGUGUUGGGCGGAGAACAAUGGGAGGGGGCAUUGGUGGGGGAAUCGGAGGGGCGAUGGGAGGAGGAAUGGGAGGGCUGGGAGGAAGAAUGGGAGGAGGGACAGAAAGUGGCUUUGACACUGGUGGUGCUGUCACUGAUGCUGUAGGUGUGGUGGCUAAUGCAGCAGCAGCACCCGUGGCUGGAGUGCAGUAUGCCUGA